GUUAGGAAUAAUAGGAGAUCCCAAAACUUCAAAAGUGGGGGUUGCUGUGGUGCCGUUUUCUUGUGCGUCUUUCAUCUUCUCUUCCGAGAUAUUUCAGAUGGCCCUCAACCCCCAACCCUUCGCUCGGUCAAACCUGCCUCAAAACACGACACCGUAUCCGUGAUCUUCACCUCACUUCCCUCUCUGUAUACGUCUGUGUAACUGUGUAUGUAUAGAUGGAUAGAUAUAGUAAAUAUAUAUAGAAUCUGUAGAACUAUUGACCCAAAGAAUGACCAUUUCUUUGCUUUCACGCGGGGUGGUUUUGGGUAUAGCUUGUAAUCUUGGACUCAAGCUUCACUCUAUCUACUUUCUGUGUUUGUAUAUAUAGAAGAUUAACCACUCUCUCACUCUCACUUUCUCACUCCCACAUGUGCUUCUAUUCUUAUCUUUUUUGCUCUCUCUCUCUCUCUCUCUUAUAGAUUAUACAAUUGUUCUUUGACUUUGGAGAAAGUUGUUUCUGGGUUUUGCGAAAAACAGAUGCUUUGAAUUUUUUUAAUUGGAUUUUGAGCUCAAAGUGCCUGUUUUCUGGUGCUUUGUGCUCUUAUCUUAUUGAAUUUUGUGACUUUCAGAGGUUUUUCUUUGUUGGGUUUUUGUUAAAAAUUGAAUCUUUUGAUUGAUUUGUGACUUUCUGAGGUUUUAAUUGUUGGGUUUUGGUAAAGUUUGAACCUUUUGAUAAUUGGCUGUUGUAUGUGAAGUUGACUGAAUUUUGACUGUUUGCUGGGGGUUUUUUGGUGGUUAUAUAUAAUCACAUUUGGGAAAUUUUAAUCUGGGGUUUUGAAGAAAAUGAAGGGUUUUGUGUUUUUCGAUUUGUUAGCUGUGUUUGUAGUCUUUCUGCUAUGUGGUUUUGCUGUGGGGAAGGAAUGUACAAACAGUCCUACUCAGCUUUCAUCGCAUACUUACCGGUAUGAUCUCUUAUCUUCCCACAAUGAAACACUCAAGGAGGAGAUGUUCUCACACUACCACUUGAUACCUACCGAUGAUUCGGCGUGGAUGGAUUUGCUCCCAAGAAAGUUACUGAGGGAUGAAGAUGAAAUUGAAUGGGGAAUGAUGUACCGGAAAAUGAAAGCUUUGGGUGGUUUUGAGGCAUCCGGAGAUUUUCUUAAGGAAGUGCCAUUGCAUGAUGUGAGGUUGCAUCCAACUUCACAACAUGGAAGGGCACAGCAAACAAAUUUGGAGUACUUAUUGAUGUUGGAUUCAGAUAGUUUAAUUUGGAGCUUUCGUCAGACAGCGGGUUUGUCAACCCCCGGAACACCAUACAAGGGGUGGGAGGACCCGACUUGUGAGCUUCGGGGACAUUUCGUUGGGCAUUACUUGAGUGCAACAGCACAAAUGUGGGCUAGCACUCAUAACCAGACCCUCAAAGAUAAAAUGUCUGCAAUAGUGGACAAUCUAUCUCUUUGUCAGAAGAAAAUUGGCAGUGGAUAUCUUUCUGCUUUUCCAUCUGAAGAAUUUGAUCGAUUUGAAGCUGUUAAGCCUGUCUGGGCUCCUUAUUACACCAUUCACAAGAUAUUGGCAGGCCUAUUGGAUCAGUAUACAUUUGCUGAUAAUGCUCAAGCAUUGAAAAUGGUGACGUGGAUGGUUGAGUACUUUUACAACCGUGUUCAGAAUGUGAUAUCGAAGUACAGUGUAGAAAGGCAUUAUACGGCACUUAACGAAGAAACUGGGGGGAUGAAUGAUGUUCUCUAUAAGCUAUAUGCUAUUACGGGAGAUGCAAAGCAUUUAUUGUUGGCUCAUCUUUUCGACAAACCAUGCUUUCUGGGAGUGUUGGCAGUGCAGGCUGAGGACAUAUCUGGUUUUCAUGCUAACACACAUAUCCCAAUUGUUAUCGGUGCUCAAAUGCGAUAUGAAGUCACUGGUGAUCCACUUUAUAAGGAAAUGAGUUCUUUCUUUAUGAACAUUGUUAACUCUUCUCAUAGCUAUGCAACCGGAGGGACAUCAGUCGGCGAGUUCUGGUCCGACCCUAAAAGGUUGGCAAGCACUCUAAAAACAGAGAACGAGGAGUCGUGCACAACUUAUAACAUGCUGAAGGUCUCUCGCCACCUGUUUAGAUGGACCAAAGAAACAGCAUAUGCGGAUUAUUAUGAGCGAGCUCUGACAAAUGGCGUGCUAGGCAUCCAAAGAGGGACAGAGCCUGGAGUCAUGAUUUACAUGCUUCCACUAGGUCGUGGAACUUCCAAGGCCAGAAGUUACCAUGGUUGGGGAAAACCGUUCGACUCUUUCUGGUGCUGCUAUGGCACUGGAAUUGAGUCAUUCUCAAAGCUAGGAGAUUCCAUAUAUUUUGAAGAGGAGAAAGAAGCUCCUGCACUUUUCAUUAUCCAGUAUAUCUCAAGCUUUCUUGAUUGGAAAUCCGGACAAAUUGCGCUUAAUCAGACAGUUGAUCCUGCCAAUUCAAGGGAUCCUUACCUUAGAGUCACGCUAACAUUUUCUUCAGCGGAGGGGACAGGCAUAUCAUCUACGUUGAACUUGCGAAUUCCAAUUUGGACAGAUUCAACUGGUGCAAAAGCAGCAUUGAAUGGUCAAACUCUGAGUGUUCCAGCUCCAGGUAGUUUCCUAACAGUCACAAGAAAAUGGAGUCCUGGUGACGUUUUGACGCUUCAGCUACCCUUUAGUCUAAGAACAGAGGCUAUUAAAGAUGAUCGGCCUGAGUAUGCUUCGAUUCAAGCAAUUCUUUAUGGUCCAUAUCUGCUAGCGGCUCAUACCAGUGGCAACUGGGACAUUAAGACCGGCUCUGUUAGGUCUGUUUCUGACUGGAUAACUCCAAUCCCUUCCUCAUACAAUAACUUCUUGGUUUCUCUAUCUCAAGAGUCUGGAAGCUCAAGUUUCGUCAUAGCCAACUUAAACGAAUCAAUUGUACUGGACAAGUUUCCUGAAACCGGCACUGAUGCGGCUAAUCAUGCCACUUUCAGGCUCGUUAUAAAUUACUUGUCCACAAAACUCUCUUCAGCAAAUGAUGUUAAAGGCAAAUCGGUCAUGCUAGAACUCUUUGAUCUUCCAGGAAAGGUUGUAGUGCAGCAAGGGAAAGACAAGAACCUGGGUAUAGCAGACAUGUCCACUAGUAAAGACACUUCAGCUUUUCUUUUGGUUCCAGGUUUGGAUGGAAAAAACACCACAGUAUCCUUAGAGUCCGAAAGCAACGCAGGUUGCUAUGUGUGUAGCGAAACAGUUAAGGCGAACGCAGGCUUGAAGCUCGUCUGCAGUUCAGAGUCAUCGGGCGCCGAAUUCAAUCAGGCAGCCAGCUUUGUGAUGAACAAUGGAAUAAAUCAGUAUCAUCCUAUCAGCUUUGUUGCUAAAGGGACACCAAGGAACUUUCUUCUAGCGCCAUUGUCGACCUUCAAGGAUGAAUCUUAUUCCGCUUAUCUCAACAUUUCGACCUGAUAAGUAGGGUUUGGAUUGUUGAAGCCAGAGCUGAACUAUGCGACAGACAAACUAUUUGUGAUGGUUUUUCUCGGGAUGGCACUGGUUGCUUCAAAUUAUUCAUCGCUUCUGCACAUAGGGCGGGAUGAAUUUACUCAUUCAGGAAUCUUAUUAGGGAUCACAGGGCUUAGAAGUUGGGUAAAAACAGUUAUUUAUUCUAGUAAUUAUCUUGUAUAUUCUCAGCUUUCUAAUUGAUUAGGGUUCUUGCCAUUUGUAUCCAUGCCAUUAAGAAAUAAUCACUGUAGCUUAGAUACUGCAGUGUACUCUUGUUCGUGAAGAGUAUUCAGGGUUUGAAAUAUGUAAUGAGGAAAGCUUGGCUCCUUAUGAUUGAAGUAGGAUUUCCUCCUCAAGCUACUUUGUGAUCGAUUCACAUAACUUCGUGUUUAUGAUUAAAACCGUUUAUAUUAUAAAUCAUUUCGUAAA